AGUGGUUAUUACACAUAUACACACCGUCUCAUGUCAGAGCUUUAGCUAUGAAAUUGUAAAAGAGGAGUUUAAGGAAAUUGAGUAAAGGUUGUCUAUGUAUGCGUGUACAUAAAGUCCCAAUAUAUAUAUCCCGCUGUUACUAUAAAUGGACAGGACAGGAGAGGUCUGCUUGGAACAGACUACUGCGGUCAGAGGGAAGGUUACCGUCCCGCUAACUCACCAGGGUUGUUGAUAUCGCCCCAUAAACUCACUCGGCCUCUGAGUGCCGCUCGGUGUGAAAUUACUUGUGAAAUGUCGCUAAUGUCACUUUUCGUCUCAUGUGUGUAUCUGUCCGGGUUUUUCGGGGACUACGUGAGGCUGCGUCAGACAGACCAGCUCCGACCCCUGCCACGGGCACAUGGUAUGGUCCCUAUCGCAGGGUGGGGGAGCCGUGUGGGAGAGCAGUACAGAUUCCGUCUAACGGAGAAGCACGGAACGGGAAACGGGCGAGAAACAUGAGUCCAAAUCGCCCCAGUGAAGGUUUACAUCUUGAAGGAAUAAAAAAUCUCCACUAGUUGUGAGAAGGACAGACAAAGAAGGACGUAAGGUGAGAGAAAAGAGAGCGGAAGCAAACGGAGGAAGAGGCGCGUCAAGAAGCGAUCAGGCGUCUGACAGCAAGCUCAGGAACUCCGCUGGAUCUGGUUUCAGUAGUUCACUUUGAGACGAGUUUCAAGUUUUGGUUCGUUGCAGCUCAGACGCUGUUCGUGAUUUUACUUUGGUGUGAUUUAACUCAGAGGCGGACUCCUUCCUGGAUCGAGUAGCUGUGGUAAACAGAGGACAGUAUCAGAGUGUGGCAGUAUAAUGCAGGCCGUCAGAAGCUUGUCCUGUCUGUCUCUACAGCACGCGGAAACAUUUGGCUUCUGACCCCAGAUCCUGGAUCUAAACUCUCUGAACCCGAUUUCUCCUCCAGUGGUAUCCCAGGGGCAAGAGGUGUGUAAGUGAGGUGCAGUGUCCCUGUUCCUGCACAUAGUCCCGUUGGCCCGUGGAUACCCCACCACCAGAGGAACUUUGUCUGGAUCUGCACGUCUCUGUGAAAUCAACACGUUGCAGUGGACGGGUUUGUUUACACGUGUUUGUACAACGACUUGUUGUCACAGAGACAGCUUGUAUACUGUGUGUGGAUUACAUUAUUGCCUGGCUUUUAAAAGGUACCCUUUUCACCUUGGCGGAGGCCAGCCACCUUCUGUGCGGGUAGGCGGGUGAAGGGGAGCUGAGUGACUGCAGCUCACACAGGCUAGUGGAGCCUCUGGCUGUACAGGCUCUGUGACAUUGCCAGUGCAGGGCUGUGUGUGUCACUGGAUUAAUCUGAGUGAUAACAUCACUCCACACUGCCCCACUCUGUCCAGUGACCAGUCUCCCCAGAAAGCGCCAGUAAUUGGAGCUAUUUUUAGUGUAAGGGAUGGGGUAAAAGCAGGCAGCUGGAAACCCAACUCCCCUCCACCUCCUUCUCUUCCACCCCUCCUGUCACACUACCUCGCUCAGCCCACCUGGCAGUAUGCUGGGCGAGCCUGGUUAGCACAGACUUGACUUAGUUAGUGUGCUUUACAAAGUAGUCUGGGAGAAUAACAAGAAUUGGAUGAACUUAUUCUAAUAUGACAUCUGUUGGAGCCUUGGUAACUUGGGAAUACUAGCUGUACUGUGGUCUACUGGCCGAGGCUGCACCGGACACAUAAAGCCUGCUCUGGAUUACUACUUAGAAGAUGUCUGAAGGACUACUUGCUGUGUACUUUUGGUUAAACCUGCCCUGGACUAAGUGAAUCCUUCAUAAACAAGUAUAGCCUAUGCCUUUACCCCUUGGACAUUUAGCUUAAACUCUUAAAUCAGACUAGCCACUUGUUAACAUACUGGAAUAGAAGAAAGGCCUACCUUUGACUACCUAAAAUAUCAGUCACCAGCGAUCUGGAGUGGUACAAACCUCCAGCACACAGAAAGAAUGCAUGAAACUGCCGAAACCAACCUAACUAAAAGCUAACCUGACUAACCAAAUAUUCUAUUUCCCCCAGUCCCCACACCCACAGAGAAACAGAAUAUAUAUGUAGAAUGAGAGAUUUAUAUCUUGAGUGUAACUCCACAGAAGACAGAGAUUGCAUCCUUUAUAUUUUUACUUCAGAGAGACAAGCUGCCUGUACACCAGAUGGUUGCCUUAGAAACCACAGUCACAAAAACAUUUUACAAAAGAAAUAAGCCAGAGAAGACGGUGCCUUUUGAUUGGUUGGUUGGUUUCCCACCAUUUCAAGAUUCAUUGAUUUAGUUGGAUGUAAACUGUUGAAGCGAACUCUGGGAUUGAAAACACGUCUGAUGACAGUUACCUGACCCCUCACAAGCCCCGCCCACUUGUCAGAGCGUUUUUUGAUUGACAGUAUUUUCCUCGCUGGGUUGAACAGUUGCCAAGCAUUUCCAUGGUGAUCACGUCAUCAUCCGUGGAGGACAAGACUGUGCCCUCGUGCAGGAUGGUCCAAUCAGAACCCUGGAUCACCUCUGCCCUGCUUCGCAAGAACAAGAGUGUAAGCAGCUCAGGAUGUCCGCCCACCUCCUCCUCCUCCUCCUCCUCCUCCUCCUCCUCCUCCACUGCCCAGGGCUUCUCCCUCGCUGAGCCAGCCAUGACAAGCCAGCACACACAUACACACCCCACCUUCAGCUCCAUCCACUCCAUGGCCGAGCAGCAGCAGGUGCUGUCUGAUAUGACCAUACUCCAGCGGAGGAUCCCCCCUAGUUUCAGAGACCCUGCCAGCGCCCCACUGAGGAAACUCUCUGUUGACCUCAUCAAAACUUAUAAGCACAUCAAUGAGGUGUACUAUACUAAGAAGAAGCGGCGGGCCCAGCAGGUCCCCCCAGAGGACAGCAGCACCAAGAAGGAGAGAAAAGUCUACAACGACGGCUACGAUGACGACAACUACGACUAUAUUGUGAAAAAUGGAGAGAAGUGGCUGGACCGCUAUGAGAUAGACUCACUGAUCGGGAAGGGCUCCUUUGGACAGGUGGUGAAGGCCUACGACCACCAUGAGCAGGAAUGGGUUGCCAUUAAGAUCAUUAAGAACAAAAAGGCAUUUCUAAACCAGGCACAGAUUGAACUACGCCUGCUGGAGCUCAUGAACAAGCAUGACACUGAGAUGAAAUAUUACAUAGUCCACCUGAAGCGUCACUUUAUGUUUAGGAACCAUCUCUGUUUGGUGUUUGAGCUGUUGAGCUACAACCUGUACGAUCUGCUGAGAAACACCAACUUCAGAGGAGUCUCCCUCAACCUCACCAGGAAAUUUGCACAGCAGCUCUGUACAGCGUUAUUAUUCCUGGCCACUCCAGAGCUGUCAAUCAUCCACUGCGACCUGAAACCAGAGAACAUCCUGCUGUGUAAUCCCAAGAGAUCUGCCAUCAAGAUAGUCGACUUUGGAUCCUCCUGCCAGCUGGGACAGAGGAUCUAUCAGUACAUCCAGAGCAGGUUUUACCGCUCUCCUGAGGUUUUGUUGGGAAUGCCGUAUGACCUGGCCAUCGACAUGUGGUCUCUGGGAUGCAUCCUGGUGGAGAUGCACACAGGAGAACCUCUCUUCAGUGGCUCCAAUGAGGUUGACCAGAUGAAUAAGAUUGUGGAGGUUCUGGGGGUCCCACCCAGCCACAUGCUAGAUGCAGCUCCUAAAGCCAGGAAGUAUUUUGACAAGCUGUCAGAUGGUCUGUGGACAGUGAAGAAGAACAAGGACAUCAAGAAGGAGUAUAAACCCCCAGCCACGCGGCGUCUCCAUGAGAUUUUGGGUGUAGAGACUGGGGGCCCGGGGGGCAGGAGGGCAGGGGAGCCAGGACACGCCCCCUGUGACUACCUGAAGUUUAAAGACCUGAUCCUGCGUAUGCUGGACUAUGACCCUAAAAGCCGUAUCACGCCAUUCUACGCCCUGCAGCACAAUUUCUUCAAGAAGACGACAGAUGAAGGAACUAACACCAGUUCAUCUACAUCCACCUCUCCUGCCAUGGACCACUCCCAUUCAACCUCCACUACUAGCUCCGUUUCUAGCUCUGGUGGCUCCAGUGGUUCUUCCAAUGACAACCGCAACUACCGCUACAGUAACCGCUACUACAACUCUGCUGUUACACAUUCAGACUAUGAGAUGACCAGCCCUCAGGCUCCCUCCCAGCAGCAGAUGAGGAUGUGGCCAGGCAGUGAUGGUGGAGGUGGGGGUCAGGACCCAGCAUACACCCAGUUGCUGCUCCACAAGCCCGCUGCCUCCCAGCAACACCAGCGCCACUUCCUGGACGCACCCCACCACCCCCACCCGACUUACUCCCACCACGGGAACGGUGGGCGCGGCCUGCGGCAGAGCGGACAGACGGGCAUUGGUGGAGGAGGGGGCCAGCAGGGAUCCUCGCCCCAGAUGAGUGACAGCAUGGAUGUGGGCGUGUCCCUAGGGCUGCACCACCUGGGGGCGGUGUCUUCCAUGGAGGCCUCUCAGUUUGGCUCGGCCUCUCUGCCCCUUGCUCUGCCAAUUGGACUGUCUGCCUUCCGGACUCGGACGGCCCCCACCGCCCCAGGGCCACAAGCCCCGCCCCCUGAGGACUACUACCCUGCCUCCAACAACAAUAACCCCGCUGCGGGGGGCAGAGGGAGGCCAGACUCAGACGAGGGGCCAGCCAACUCUUGAUAAAACCUGAACCAUGCCCUAAAGCCAUACAAUUUUAACUAAAACUACUACAACUACACACAUACAGCCAGAGUUCAGAGACAAACAGGUGAACUUUGUGCUGAAGGAGACAGUUUGUACUGCAUGAGAGGAGGAGGAGGAAGGAGGAGGAUGCUGGGAAAACUCUCCUUUUAUCCUGUUUUAGUUUGUUGUCUUUUGUUGCGACUGUAAUUGGAAAGGAAUGAUUGUGACGAGUUUGUUUUUAUUAAUAUUAUUAUUGUUGUUUAAUAUUAUUUGAUUUUUCUCGGGUUUGAGGAGUUGUGUGUUCUACUUGGUUGUUGUUUAAGCCUGGAGAGGAGGAGGAGGAUGAAGAGGGAAGAGAGAGGAGCCAUGCUUUUCCAUUUUACUCCAUAUGGUGGCUGUAAGUGGACGGAGAGCACACGUUCAUGUUCACACUGGUUAGUCAUGACAUUAGCAUAUUCAUAUUUGCAGCCCUUAGAGACAAGCAGUCUUAACACACACACACACACACACACACACACACACACACACACACACACACACACACACACAGACAGACACACACAUGUACACAGUAUAUAUAUGAAUAUACUGCAGCUUCAAGACAACAGACGCUGGGUUUCAAAGGGAGGAAACACCAACAUAUGUGUGAUUCAGGACUCAUGGAUUCUCUCUCCCGUCUGUGUUAAACUCACUUUUUCUUUGAGUUUGUGUCCUCCCUCUGUCGCUUCCGGCCUGGUAGUGACAGAGCACAGAGAGAGGGAGGCAGAGGGAGGGAGGAGAAGGUGACGGGACACUGAUGCCUUCCUGGCGCUCAUAGGGAUCUCCUUCUCCUCCUCAUCCUUCUCUUCUCCCUGCUCUCUUCUUCAUCUCCUCCUUCUCAUGCUGUGUUUCUCCUCCAGACAGCUCCUCCUCUCUGUGCUGCUAAUCACCAUGACAACUGGUCCGGAUUGCUGCUAAAGAUCCAACACAGAUCAAUAAAGAAAUAAAAAGAAAUAGAAACAGAAAUAAAAAAAAACUUUUUAACCCUUCUGCUUAAGAGAAAAGGAUAAAGUAAGAACCACUGCAUCUCAAUGUAUUUAUUACUAUUUAACAAGAAAAAACAAACUGAAAGUAACCCUUUUUUCUGCUCUUCUUUGUUUGGUUGCCUUCUUUCUGCAGGUGAGCUCUGAUUGGCUAUUGUAACAGUGACAGUAACUGGUGACAUGGGAAUGCCACCGGUUGUGGGGGCUGGGUGGAGGGGAGGGGUUGGGGCAAAAUAAAGUUGGAUAUAUAAUAAGAAUAAAGAGUAUACUUUUGCACACCAAAGUCAAACAAA